GUCAGUUCUGCCACAUGUACAGGACAUACAGAGAACUGUUAUUGCGUUACUCUCAGACCCUUGGUGCAUAACAGAUAAUAUUAAAUACAAAAGGUAGAAUUUUAAUUGCAAAUAAAUACAGUUUAUACAUAUAAAAAUACAAUAUACAAAUAAGGGCACACGACAGAGAGUGCAAACCAAACAGAGCAGUGCAGAUGCAAACAGUAUAGUGCAAAUGCAGCUUGUAAGUAUAAUAAAGUGACAGAGAACAGUCUUAAACAGACAGAGGUAGGUAUGAGGUAGUUAGCAGACCAAUGCUGCACAAAGUGAUGUGUGUGUGCAUGAGAGAGAGAGAGAGAAUGUGUUUGUUAGAAAUUAAGAGACUAAACGAAUCUCUGUUACGCUGCAGGCCGUAUAUGGAUGCUGUGGUUGCCUUGGUAACACUGAUGCUGGAUACAGGAUUGCCCUGCUUCCGCGGUCAAACCAUCAAACUGCUCAAGCAGCGUUUUAACCCUGGAGUGAGUGAGAAGGAAGCAGCAGCUUUCAUCAUCAAAGUCAUUCAGAACUGCUUCCUGAGCAGCAGGAGCAAAACGUAUGACAUGAUCCAGUACUAUCAGAACCAGAUCCCCUACUGAAGGCCAGAGAAACCUGUGUUUGUGUGUGUUUCUCUUACUCUCUUAAUGCUAAAUUGCACUGCUGUCUCGGUCUGGUGUGUUUGUGCACUUAAUACACCUGAAAUGUGUUUGCAUGGAUUUCUACGCACUGAUAUCAGCACUUAUGAGAUGAUUUCUGCACACGUCACACUGUCUGCUGCUCGAUGGGUUCAACUGUAAACAUUACAAAAUAACUUUUGUGCCAUUUUGAUUUGCAUUUGAUGUGAUUUUGUUGUCAGUCUUAAAUAAUUUACAGGUAAAUCAUGUAGUUUUUAAACUACAACAGACCGGAUGUGACUAGAGGUGACAAAUGUACACAUUAACGCACAAACUAAGAAAAGCAGUAUUUGAUUAUGUGUAUCAUCACGUAAUGAAGGAGAGAUGCUUGAAGAGUUGAAGUGUUUGGUAUUUCAUGGCAGUGGUUUAAACUCCGAAUAUUUAUAUAUCUGAAUCACUGCUUGUUUUGCAGUAUAUGACUGUUUAUUUAUCAAUUGAUCGUACAGUGUGACUGAUCUUUGUUCGCACAGUUAUAUGCAUCAAUUUUCUGCCUAUUCUGUUUGUUUGGAUUAUUUAUUCUGUGUGAUAUUUAAUAAAUGUCUAAAAUAGUUGCCUGUA